UUUGGGGAAUAACAACAUGAUCAACUUCACGUCAGUCCCGUAUAGGUAUUCGUACAUAUUCAUACGGUCAACGUUAAUUUUUCAACAGCAAAAAUGCGUCUUACUGCUGUAAGAAAUCACUUGAGAUUUGGCAAUCUCGCCAAAAUUCGUGGAAUAGUCUAUUAUAGACUAAGUCCAUUUGAACAAAAAGCAUUUGGUGGGGUCAUAUCUCAUGGAGUACCUAAUAUAAUUCGUAGAAUGAGAGAACAAGUUUUGAGAGUUGUUCCCCCAUUUUUUAUAUCUUAUUUUGUUUAUUCCUGGGCCACACAAGAACACGAACGUUUUGUUAGAAAGAAGCCUGGUGAAUUUGACAACGAUGUGUAAAUGAAUAUAACUUGAGGAUAUUUCCUGUUAAAGAAUUCUUCAUGCUUAGCGAUUACAACGGAGCUUCUUACUGAUCUCGAAUCAUUCAAAUAUACUACUACUUAUACGUUUAUAAAUGUUACACAUAUGCUAAUAAAUAUUAUAUAGUCUAGA